AUGGGGCAGAGGGUUAUCGCAAAGAUUGACCUCUCGAAGGCCUUCCACGCAGUACCCCUCGUAGAACACCAACGACCAUAUUACAGCUUCCUGGACCCAGAAGGAAACUGUUAUUGCUAUGCUCGAAUGCCUAUGGGUGCGAAGACAGCACCCAAGCAUUUCGCAAACGUUAUGAACCUAGUUCUCGGCCGUGUGGCAACGGAAGAUCAGGUUAACGUAAGAUCGUAUCAAGAUGAUAUUGUGAUCGCCGCGAAUUCACGAGAAGAGCUCGACACCCGCUAUGAAAAGGUGUCUGAACACCUACGACGAUUUGGGUUUAAGAUUAAUAACGAGAAGUCCUCAAAGGCGGAUUCCCUCGACGUUCUGGGAUACCGUUUCGAGAAGAAGAGAGUGACGAUUCCGAGGGAGAAAGAGCGAUCGAUAAGAUCAGCACUGUUGAGUAAAGAUAUAAGACAAGUAAUCCGCGCCACGCAUCAGCUGGGCUAUUACAAGCUCAUUCUGACUCCGGCACAGCGCGAUUCGGCGGCAAAGCUAAGACAGAUUCUCCUAAAGGUGGGUCAUUUCACACAAGUCGCGAGAGACCUGCGUACGGCUCUCGACGUGAAGUGGGAAUGUCCCAAGGAAACGCCUUGGUCGGCCAAGCGAAUCGAAAUCUACGUAGAUGCCUCGGACACGGCAGCUGGAUUACACGUCAGAUACAACGGCAACUGCGUGCUAGAAGAAUCGCUCCCUCUGACGCACACGGCAACGAACUUGGCUUCGUUCAAGGAGAUACAAGGAGCUUAUAAGCUCCUGGUGAAGUAUCGCGCGCAUAUCCGACAUAUUGACAUGACGUGCGAGAAGGUUAUUCUCACGGAUAACUUACGGCUGUACCAGGCCCUGAUUCGUGGUGAAGAACCAAGGAAUGAUCUAGAGAUAUAUGCGGCCAGGAUAAGGCAACUCUAUCAAGCUAAAUAUGCUUACGUACCAGGGAGCCUCAACCCGGCCGAUGACAUCUCGAGGAGACGGCGUCUCCCGCCUUGA